AUGGACAAAAAAAAUCAUGAAAUCCAUGCUAUUGCAUCUGAUGCAGUGGCUCAUAAUUUUAAAAUUAUUUCACAUAUUCGAAGUGUAACAUCUAUUUUUUUUGGUUUUGUGGCAGGAAUUCUAAAUUUAACAUCGUAUUGUGGACUUUUAUUUUAUGUUUUUGGGAUGCUCUUUGUAAAUUUCAUGAUUUUUUUAAUACUAACAAAAAGACACCCGUCUUUAUACUUCCUUUCUCAUAAAGAUAUAUGGACGAAAGAUAUUUUUUCUGGAUUGCUAAGUUUUAUAUUAAGUUGUACUUUAUCUUAUGGACUUGUACAUAUAUACAUUUAG